AUGACCGGCCAUGUCAUUGAACUUGACCUCAGUUGCAACCUUCUUAUUGGGAGCAUUGAUUCCAAUAGCAGCCUAUUUCAACUCACUUAUCUCCAAAAGCUCAACUUUUCUAGGAAUAACUUCUCCAAUUCUCACAUCUCACCUAAAUUUAGUAGGUUUUCGAGCUUGAUGCAUCUUGAUCUUUUCCAAUCAUAUUUCUCAGGCCAAAUUCCUUUCGAACUCUCUCAUCUUUCCAGAUUACAUUUUCUUUGUCUCGACAUGGCUACUGAUAGUAAGCUAGGACUCGUAGCCCAUGAUUUUAAAUUGCUUCUACAUAAUUUGACCCAAUUAAGAGAGCUUGAUCUUAGUGGUGUGAACAUUUCUUCCACCAUUACUCCAAAAACAAUUUCUCAUUUAACAACUCUGAGCCUGAGACUUACAGGAUUGUAUGGGAUAAUACCUGAGAGUAUUUUUCACCUGCACAACCUGAAAAAACUUUACUUACUUUACAAUGAUCAGCUUAGUAGUUGUUUUCCCAGGAUCAAAUGGAACAGUAGUGCAUCUCUCAUAGAGUUACAUCUCACUGAGGUGAAUUUGUCUAAUAAUUUUCCUGAGUCUCUUGGCUAUCUGACUUCUGUGAAUUCUUUGUUUCUUAGUGACUGCAAUCUUUGCGGGCCUAUUCCUGAAUACUUGAGUGGUAACCAUUUUUCUGGUCCUCUAAAGGAUUUCAAGUCUAAUUUACUACUCACAAUUCUUUUAAGAGAAAAUCAUCAGUUGCAAGGCCAUAUUCCGAUGUCAAUUCAUAACCUUGUGAACCUAGAGAUCCUUGAUCUUUCGUCAAGCAAUUUUAGUGGCAAUGUGGGUGUCAGAAUCUUUUCAGACCUCAAACAUCUUUGGCUUCUUGAUAUUUCAUAUAAUAGUAUUGCGUUGAUCAAUGAGAAGGAAGUUGAGUUUAUUUUGCCCAAAUCUCUUGAGGGAUUACGAUUGGCAGCAUGUGAAGUGAAAGAAUUGAACUUUCUAAGAUCCAAAAAGCAGCUUUCGGAGUUGGAUCUUUCAAAUAAUAAGCUUCAAGGAAGAAUUCCUGAUUGGGCAUGGUCUAGCUGGAUUUUUUCAGUGACAACUCUUAAUCUAUCCCACAAUAUGUUGAGAAGCGUGGACUCAAUUCCUCUUCAAUAUUGA